AUGCUGCGUGGAACAUUUUAUUCGCUGAUCUUCGCACUUGCCGUUGCCCAGCUGGCGGCCACGCCCAUUGUGCGUGAAGGCAAUGAACUUGUGCGCAAGACCCGACACAUUGGAGGCGGUUUUAUAGGCGGUGGCAUAGUGGCUGGAGGCGGUGCUGCUGGUGGUGUUGGUGGUGGUUAUCUCGCACCACCUGUCAUACAAACUGUGCCCGUGAUACAAACUGUGCCGAUCAUUACGACCGUGCCUGUUGUGUCCACCAUAUCCACGGUGCCCAGCUACGGCGGCUUUGGAGGUGGUUACGGUGGAGGCUAUGGCGGUGGCUAUGGCGGUGGCUUCGGAGGUGGCUAUGGCGGUGACUUUGGUCGAAGUCUCGGCGGUGGCAGCUUUGUUGGCGGUGGCAUUGGCUUUGCCAAGUUCAAAGGAAUUGGCUUUGGCGGUUUCUUGGGCUGA